CCAUUUCUGGUACGAGAACUUCCCCAGAAGCGUGUUUCUAAUUUUGUGGAAACCCUUUGAAAUUUGGCACACUUUUCAAAAGUAUGUAGGAAAAAAAAAAAAAAAAAAAGUCUGCCAGAGGUUUGGCCUCCAACUGUGAAAACAGACACUGCCUUUUCAAACUCCUCUCCUAGAUCCGCUGACCAACACCCAGAAGAGAGAAUUUACAUUCUUUUAGAAUACAGCAGGAAAAUGAAGACCCGGCUAAAAAUCAUAUUUGGCGUGGUUAUAUGCCUUUUGCUUUCCUUGUUACUUAUGUGUAUUAUACUGCUUCCAUCAAGAGUUGUCAACACAGAUGAUGGUCCCAGAGCUCUUACAUUAGAGGAUUAUUUGAAUGGAAACUUCCAAUAUAAAACAUUUUUUCCAUAUUGGGUGUCAGAUAAUGAAUAUCUUCAUCAAUCUGCAGAAGACGAUAUUAUUCUUUACAAUGUUGAAAUGAACUACCCAACUACCAUCAUGACUAACAGCACAAUGAAACAAGUUAAUGCUUCAAAUUAUGUGUUAUCAUCAGACAAAUAUUUCAUAGCUCUGGAAAGCAACUAUUCAAAGCUGUGGAGAUACUCUUAUACAGCAUCAUACCACAUUUAUGAUCUCAUAUAUGGUGGUUUUGUAACAGAAAAUCAGCUUCCACAUAAAAUUCAGUAUUUAUCCUGGUCACCCGUUGGACACAAAUUGGUGUAUGUAUAUCAGAAUAAUAUCUAUUUCAAACAAAGUCCAAGAGAGGCACCAAUUAAAAUAACUAGUGAUGGAAAGCAAAAUGAAAUAUUUAAUGGGAUUCCUGAUUGGGUCUAUGAAGAGGAAAUGCUAGCAACAAAAUAUGCACUGUGGUGGUCUCCAAGUGGAAAAUAUUUAGCAUAUGUACAAUUUAAUGAUUCUGACAUACCAGUUAUUGAAUAUUCAUAUUUUGGUGAGGACCAGUAUCCUAGAAAAAUAAUUAUCCCAUACCCAAAGGCUGGGGCUAAAAAUCCUACUGUUAAAGUGUUUAUUGUAGACACUAUUAACGCUGAAGUGUUUGGUCCUAAGGAGGUGCCAGUUCCUGCAGUCAUAGCAUCCAGUGAUCACUAUUUUACCUGGCUUACUUGGGUAACAGAUAGUCGAAUCUGUGUGCAAUGGUUAAAGAGAAUCCAGAAUUUUUCAGUCUUAGCUAUUUGUGACUUCAAAGAAAAUUCAAAUACUUGGGACUGUCCAGAGAAUCAACAGCACAUAGAAGAGAGUCAAACAGGAUGGGCAGGCGGUUUCUUUGUUUCUACACCAUAUUUUACAUCAGACAGCAGUUCGUACUACAAAAUUUUUAGUGACAAAAAUGGUUAUAAGCAUAUUCAUUACAUCAAUGGCUCAGUGGAGAAUGCAAUUCAAAUUACAAGUGGAGAAUGGGAGGCAAUAUACAUUUUCAGAGUAACAAAUGAUGCAAUUUUCUAUUCAAGCAAUGAAUUUGAAGGCUAUCCAGGAAGAAGGAAUAUUUACAAAAUCAGUAUUGGAAGUAAACCUGUCAGAAAACAAUGCAUUACUUGCAACUUAAGGAAAGAGAGAUGCCAGUAUUAUACAGCAAGAUUCAGUGAACGUUCUAAGUAUUAUGCUUUGAUCUGUUAUGGUCCUGGGAUUCCCAUUUCUACUCUUUUCGAGAACCACGGUGAUAGAGAGCUCAGAGUACUGGAAGACAAUUGGGAAUUGCAGUCUGCUUUGCAAGAGAUAAAACUGCCGAAAGAAGAAAUUAAUAAACUUGAAGUGGAUGGUAUAACUUUGUGGUACAAAAUGCUUCUACCCCCACAGUUUGAUAGAUCCAAGAAGUACCCUCUGCUUAUUCAGGUGUACGGAGGUCCUUGCAGUCAGAAUGUGAAGGAAACAUUUAGCAUUAGCUGGAUAACCUAUCUUGCAAGCAAAGAGGGAAUUAUUGUUGCUCUUGUGGAUGGCAGAGGGACAGCUUAUCAAGGUGACAAGAUUUUGCAUGCAGUAUAUCGAAGACUAGGAGUCUAUGAAGUUGAGGACCAAAUCUCAGCAGUGAAGAAAUUUAUAGAAAUGGGUUUUAUUGAUGAAAAACGAAUAGCAAUAUGGGGCUGGUCCUAUGGUGGGUAUGUAACUUCUUUGACACUUGGAUCUGGCAGUGGAGUAUUUAAAUGUGGAAUGGCUGUGGCUCCUGUUUCCAGCUGGGAAUAUUACGCAUCUAUCUACACAGAACGAUUUAUGGGUCUUCCUAUAGAGUCUGACAAUCUUGAGCACUACAAGAAUUCAACUGUGAUGGCAAGAGCAAAGAAUUUCCAAAAUGUGGAGUAUCUUCUCAUCCAUGGAACAGCAGAUGAUAAUGUACAUUUUCAGAACUCAGCACAAAUUGCAAAAGCUCUCGUUAACGCACAGGUGGAUUUCCAGGCAAUGUGGUAUACUGACCAGAACCAUGGAAUUCCAGGCCUUUCCAGCAAACAUCUCUACAUACAUAUGACCCACUUCCUCAAACAGUGUUUUUCUUUGUCAGAAUAAGUAGGCUAUUCAGAGCAUGCUAAGGGAUCUGAUACAUCUCGGGGAGAAUGAAAUUAUAACAGUGCCCAGGUUAUAUAGUUUUCAGGUGAAUUGAUAACAGGAACUUUGAAGUUUUAAACUUGAUGUUUACAUACACUUUUGAUAUUGUAUAUUAGCAAAUAUUAUGCUAAUACAUGUUUUGGCACAGUUAACACCUGUUUGAUAGAAAAAAUAAAAUCAGAAUGUAAAAUGCCAUGUUCAUUUAUUGCCAUCUUGCUUGAACUUACAUUCUGCAAUCCAAAGGUAGGUGGUCCAUUGCAAAGGCACACUGCCAGAUGAAUGUGCUUGCAUUUUUUAACUACAGCUGUAAAAUGGGAAAGGACAAAGCAAGCAGCGCAAGUACCUAAUUAGCAUCCUCACAAGAACCAGUUUCUCAAAAUUUAUUUCCAAUUUCUUGGAAAGAAUCCAAGCAGGGGUAGGAACACAUAAUAUUUAAAGCUGAAGUUUGGAUAAUUAUUGAGAAUAUUGAAUGUUGUGUUCAAACUUUAUUCAACUCUUAUUUGAAACCUUGAUUCUUCAAAACUCUCGGUGUUCAGGUUUAAAUAUGAAAGCAGGACACUCAUGGUAGCUAUUUUUUCUCAGUGUUUUUUCUCGCUGUAUUCAGAAUAUGUGAACCAGUUUUUAACCUCUAAUCAUCCCCUCAGCAUUCAAAUUAAUCUCAAUGUCAUUCAUCCCAGACUGGAGAGGAAGGAUCAAAGGAUUAUGCAGGCUUUCUUUGCUUUGUUUCCAGUGAAAUUAUUUUAGGGAGUCUAAAAAAUGAUAGAGGCUAAUAAUGAUUGGAAUACUCGGUUUCUUUUGAUUAGUAAUUAAAUCAGUCCUGUCAUAAUAUAAGAAAAUGAUCAAGAUAAUUGGCAAGAGAUCCACUGUAGAUGAAAUUAUUCUCUUGUCACGUGUUUAAAAACUUCUGAGUUAGCAUACUGCACAGGGACUGUGGUCUGUCCAUCACAAUAUCUCAUUUCUGCUAUUAGCCAGUGAGAGUACAAAAUAACCUGAAAAAGACUGUGAAGUACCCUGCCCACAAAGCAAGCCACUUCCUAACUCCCAGUCAGAGAUUGGUUACUGCUUCUUUGUGGAAAGACAAGGGGUUUCAUUUGACCCUCUAGACAAAAACAUGGGGUUUAACCAAAAUCAUUAAAAUGUGGAAGUGAUUUGCUCUGUAACAGCUUCCUUCAUUUUGUUAAUGGCAAUAUCAAAUCUGAUUUUCCACACAUAAGAACAUU